UUUUCCCAUCUCCCCUGCAUUUCUCUGGUUUUUUCCCCUCUCUGUGCUUUAAGCUGAAAAGUCCCUACAAAUUCCAAAUCCACCAAUCAGAAUUCGACACCAGUUUUCUCUCUCUCUCUCUCUAAAUUAUGUGCCUUGUUCUUGUCCCAUAGAUCUCGAUCCCACCGGCAGUUCCAAUCACYGUUUCUCCCUUCUCUGCCUCUGAAUUCUUCCUCCACAAAAACAAGAAUCCAAAGUAAAAAAAAAAAAAAUCUCUCAAACUCCUUUUUCCCACUUCAGUUUCUGAAAAUUCAUAUUAGUGAGCUUCAAUCAAGUUCUCCAGUUAAUUUCAGAUUCUGGAAUUUGAUCCUCGAUCUAUAAAGCUUCGGAUCUAUACAGGGUCUUUAAUGGACAAUUGAUCUUGAAUUCUUCAAAUUUCAUGCAUUUCCUCAAGUGGGUUUUUGUUAGUUUUUUCAGGGGAACUGAAAUUUCUAUGUAUAUUAAAUUGGGUUGAUGAAACGAGGGAUUGGGAUUUUUUCUCCGACGUCGCCGGCGAAAUGGACGCCGGAGGAGAACAAACGGUUCGAGAAUGCUUUGGCUUGGUUCGACAGAGAUACGCCGGACCGGUGGCUGAAAGUCGCCGCCAUGAUUCCCGGCAAGACCGUCGGUGAUGUGAUAAAACAGUACAGGGAUUUGGUGGAGGACGUGAGUGAUAUUGARGCAGGGCUUAUUCCGAUUCCGGGGUACGCCGGCGGCAACUCUUUUGUGUUGGAAUGGUCGAAUGGCGGCGGCGGGUUUGGGCGGAUUCACGGCGGCGCUGGGAAGAGAGGCGGUUCCGGUCGGCCUUCCGAUCAGGACAGGAAGAAAGGGGUGCCGUGGACUGAAGAAGAGCACAGGUUAUUUUUGAUGGGGUUGAAGAAGUACGGUAAAGGAGAUUGGAGAAAUAUCUCUCGCAAUUUUGUCACUACAAGAACUCCGACACAGGUGGCCAGCCACGCCCAAAAAUACUUCAUCCGACAGCUCACCGGAGGAAAAGACAAGAGAAGAUCGAGCAUUCACGACAUCACCACCGUCCAUCUUCCCGACAAUGAUAACCACAAUCCCUUGCACCAAACGUCGCCGCGGCCGUUUUGUGGGAUGUCUUCACUCGGACCCAAAUUAUUACCGGACCAAAUCUAUGGCUGCCAAAAUGUUGGUCCUUACAACACCAAUGUUCUUCAAGUGCAGAGGGAGCAGCACCAGCUGUGAGCUUAUGGUUAUAGUUUGGCUGUGGAUUGAUUAAUUUUCAUGCAUAUACAUAUAUGAAGUUAUAUAUAUCUAAUUAAUAUCUAGGUCAUAUGAAUCAUGAGCGAGUUUUUUAAACAAAUAGGUAAAGUUGGAAUAUUGGA